CGCGCAGAGAUGACGUUACUUUUUAGCCUGAGUUUAAUAACUUCUCAAAAUAUGUGAUGUUUCAUGGUUUCUGUUGGCUUAAAAAUAAGAUUUAUAUGUAUAACGUAUUCAAUAUGUGCUACCGCUAAAUGGUGUGAAGACGUGAAGUGCCUUCUGCAGGGAUGCCUCCAACCAUGACCCAGAUCAGUGAUCCAAAGAUUGCUUUUGCCUACCUGCGUCCAGCCUGUGUCCUGCUGACCAAAGAACCCACCUUGACCAAUGUGGAGAAGCUGAGCAGCCAGCUAAAAGAAGUCAAUGAUGCCACCUUGCAACAGCUUCAGGACUAUGUUCUCUUCCCUCUUCGCUUUGUCCUCAAAGUCCCUGGACCCAAAAAGGAGAAACUGGUGCAGGCUGUGGCUGAUGCUGUGAGCCAUGUCCUGGAGAACACUUGCAUCCAGAACUGGGACACUCUCCAUGAUCUGUUUUCAGAACUUUGCCUAUGUCUCUGUUCUCCAACUGACCCAGGGAAACCUGCAGAUACUUCAGAGGAGCUUAAGUCAUCUGUGCUGAGAUGUCUGGAUGCCUUGUUUCAUGCUGCUUAUGGGGAUAUUGUUUUCAAACUUUUUGAGCCGGUUAUGCUGCCUGGAGUGGGAGCUGCUGUUUCGUUGCUUCUCGCUUUAGGAGAGAAGGAGAAAUCUCGAGAUAUACAGGCAGCAGCUCUGAAAUGCCUCCAGGCUUUGACCCUGCAGUGUGACUGUGCUCAAGAUCACAUAGAUUCAUCGUCAGAGAGAUGCACUAUAGGCAGCACGAUGGCUUCAUUCUUACCUGGGAUCACUACAGCUAUGACCAGAAUCAUCACAGGAGAUCUGAGACAAGGCCACGUAGUGACUGUCAGAGCCAUCAAGGUCUGGUCCAGUACCGUCGGCCUGGUCAUGGAAGACUCUCAGCUUCAGGCAGGUGACCCUCAGAAGUCGCCUCCCCCAGACCUGGGGAGGAUCGGGCAGCUGGUCAUCCACAGGACUAAAGAGUGGGUCCAGAGCACGGCAGGGAAGCUGUGUGUGCUGCUGAAGAAGAUUAUCUCAUGCUCAUUGGCCCAUCAGCACUGGAGGGUUCGGAUGGGGAUGGUGGAGCUGUCGGACCACCUGCUGGCGACGUGCAGUCAGUCACUGGGAGAGUGUGUGGGGCCGCUACUGGAAGCACUGGUGGGAGCUGUCAAUGAUGAGGAGCCCAGAGUCCGACAGAGAUGUGAAGUUGCUCUCAGAGAUGUAUCACAGAGGAAUCAGAGCUGCAGUGCUCAGACCUUCACCAGCAUCCUGUCAGAAAACCUCCACACCUUAGCCACAUCCCUGCCCAGGCUGAUGAGGACCUCCGAGGACCAGAAGAAGCUGUAUGUCCUCAACGUGUUCCUAGGGUACUUAAAGAUCCUGGGCCCUCUGGUCUCUGUGGUGCUGAACUCUGCUGCACAUCUGGAGAGGAUUUCCAAAGCACUGAUGCAGGUGCUGGAGUUGGAUGUGACAGACGUUCGCAUUGUAGAGGAAAGGAGCGUUGCUGUUACCAUAGAAACCAGUUCCACUGCUCACAUCCAAAGGAAACGCUUCCUAUACUUCACAGAUGACCGGAUCUUCUCUGUGCUCGUGGAGAUCUGUCGGACUUUAGGUUACUAUGGCAACCUAUACCUGCUCACUGAUCACUUCCUGGAUCUCUACCGACAGUCGUCAGCCUACAGAAAGCAGGCGGCCAUGGUGCUGAAUGAGAUAUUCAGGGGUGCUGCUGGCAUCGGCGUGGUGACAGAAGGUCAAAGGUUGGAGGGCGGAGGUCAGAGAGCCUUUGAACCAGCCACCCAGGAAGAGUUAACGGCUGCAGUGACGUCUGUCAUAGAGGAAUACAUCAGUGUGAACAAUUGGCACUUGAUUACAGUCAGCAUGGAGACUGAUAGAUGUCAGCAGGACCAACAGCUGCUCAGUCCAUCCAGACUUCUCUCCAUAUCCAACAGUGAUAGCAGCAACACACACAUCAACUCUCUCCAAGUGAUUCCUUCUGCAUUUGCCUCUGCAUCUUCCUCCUCCUCCUUCCAUCAGCUCAACAGUAACAUCUGGCAGCUGUGUGUCCAGUUGGAGGGCAUCGCCUACUUCGCUCAGGCACUGGGGCUCAGCUUCCGUCCCAUGUUGAUGACAUCACUGUACCCUGUGCUGGAGAAAGCAGGGGAUGAGACGCUGCUGGUGAGCCAGACGGCGCUGAGCUCCAUGUGGGCCAUGAGUAAAGCCUGUGGCUACCCGUCCCUGAAGGAGCUGAUCAAUGAGAACGCAGACUACCUGCUCAAUGACAUCUCUCUGAACCUGCAGAGGCUCAGCCAGCAUCCACAGGCUCCGCGGGUGUUGACAGUGAUGCUAACUCAUUCGGACCACAGCCUCCUGCCUCUGGUCGGGGACAUCAUUCAGGAUGUGCUGAUGGCUCUGGAUCUGAGCUACGACCACACAGCUGCUCUGUUCUGCUCUGUGCUGCACGUGCUCAUGAAGGCGCUGGUGAGGUGGUUUCCUUCUAGUGGUGGCAGGACCAAAGAGUCUUGUAGACCCUCACAAACAUGCGCAGACCAGGAAGAGCUCGACGUCCAGCAGUUCCUCAUGGAUUAUCGCAAACAGAAAGAGCUGGCAGAAGGCAUCGGAAUAGAGGACGAAGACACUGAAGACAUGGAUGUCCCUCCUCCCACUGAGGGUGAAUAUUAUGAGGACACUGGAGGUCCAGAUGUGAAAGCAGAGCUUCCUGCCCAUCUCAGCAUCACUAAAGAUAUUAUGGAACGCUGUGUUCAUCUGCUGUCUGACCCAAGCCUCAAGUUGCGUCUGAAGGUGUUGGAUGUGUUGGAGCUAUGUGUGUGUGUCCUGAGUGAGAAGGAGGAUGAACUCCUGCCCAUGGCCCAUCGCUGUUGGCCCGCCCUCCUGCAGAGACUGACCGCAGAUGACCCUUUGGCGGUCCUCAGAGCCUUCAGGGUGCUCUGUACCCUGGGGGAGACCUGCGGCGACUUCCUGAGGAGGAGAGUUUCCAAAGAGGUUCUGCCCAAGCUGAGCUCCUCUCUGGCUCGACAGGCUCCUAUCAGCGCCAAGGCCGGACCGGUCUACACACACACCCUGGCUUACAAACUGCAGCUGGCUGUACUGCAAGGGCUGGGCUCGCUGUGUCAGAGGCUGGACCUGGGUGAGGCUGACUUGGACGCUGUUUGUGAAGCCUGUCUGCCCUACCUGAGCUGUAGACAGCCGGUUCAACUCCAGGAAGCCUGUCUGAGUGUUUUCCGACACUUGAUCCAGGUGGAUCCGGACGCCUUCUGGUUCACCUUGAACGAGCUGCAUUGUCCGUACCCCUACACCCCCCCACACCCAGACCUCCAGCCCAUCCUGCUGAACGGGAUGGGCCGACCCAGAGACGAGUACUCGGACAACGUCCUGAAGCUGCUGAAGGAAGAGUUCGGUUGGUUUGCGGAGACAUCGCGUUGACGGCCAAUGAUUGAUGCGCCUGACUGAUCUGUGAGAUCGACCUCCUAUUGAACCACUGACACCAACAGGCCAAUAAACCAGAGAAAAUCUGACAAGUGUGUUGAGACGCUGCAGUCAGACCCAGCUGUGAUAACCUUCAGAGACGGCUCUGAUGAGCAGCCAGAUACUAAGGGGAAAUGUCAGGGAACCGUCCUCAGCUACAGGAGUAUGAACUGAACUGCUCCUCAGUCAGACACGACCUGGUUUUAUUUCAACUAUUACUGUGUGCUCUGACAUUUACUUUUUUUUUUUUUUUUUUUAUAAAGAAAUACAUUCUUCUUAACCAC